AUGCAAGACACCAACCACAACCAGAAAAAUAAUUCACAAGUGAAUUCUUGCAACUCACAACAGCAGUCAGUUGGUUCAACUUCAACAAAUCAAAAUUCAGAAGGAGCAGCUGGCUCCCAUCGAACAACUAGAAAGUCUCAGGAAAAUAACAAAGCAGAAAAUAAUGCCCAGCCACCUCUACAAGGUGAGGAUACGGAGGAACCGGAGGAAGUUACCUUUGUCAUACCACCAACCAAGAAAAAUGGUAAAACCAAAACUGGUACCAUUCUUCGCAAAGGAGAUGAAGUUAUCUCUUUUACAUUUGAGGAUGUAGUCUACAAAGCUGGAGAUUGUGUAUAUGUUGAUAGUUGCAGAGCAGACCAACCUCAUUUUAUAUGCACCAUUCAGAAUUUUAGGAUUUUGCCUUUUUCCCUUCUUUUUCUUUUAUUUAUUUCCGUUUCUCUUUUUCUUUCUUCUAAUUUUAUUUCCUCUUUUGAUCUUCAUUUCUUUUCAUCGGCCUUAUAUUUUUAG